UGCGCGUGUGGAGUGAGGCGGGGAGCUUGGCGGAGAGGCGAGGGGUUCCCGAAGCCUUGGCUGUGUCUUAGGAGGCCGCCUCCAGCCGCUAGCGGGAUCGGAAUCGUGGGUAGGACGGAUCGUUCUCCUGCAGCUAGGACACCGCCCGCCUGGCGCCGCUUCCCGCCCAGUGAAGGGACCAGCCCGGCCGCGCCUCCCUCCCCGAACUCGCCGGGGACGCAGAGUGGGCGCCGAGGGGAGCGCGGCUCCAGCAUCUUCUGAACCGAGAGCGCAGUUGGGGGCGGAUGCUGCCCGGGCUGGACGCCGGCCUCCGGAGAGUCGGAUCCGCCCGCCGGGAGGAGGAGGCUUGGUCGGGGAUGAAGGUGUCUCCCACCUGAAGAGGACAGGUUGGGUCCCAAGCUCUGCUCCUGAGCUGAGUGCCUGCAGCCAGACUCAGGAGCUUCCAUGGCGCCCCCUGUCCCCAUGGAGAAAGGACUCGCUUUGCCUCAGGAUUGCCGGGACCUUGUGCACAGCCUGAAGAUUCGAGGCAGAUAUGUCCUGUUCCUGGCAUUUGUGGUCAUAGUUUUUAUCUUCAUUGAAAAGGAAAAUAAAAUCAUAUCCAGGGUCUCCGACAAGCUGAAGCAGAUCCCUCAGUUUGUGGCAGAUGCCAACAGCACCGACCCAGCCCUGCUCUUAUCGGAAAACGCGUCUCUCUUGUCCCUGAGCGAGCUGGAUUCCACCUUCUCCCAUCUGCGGAGCCGCCUGCACAACUUGAGCCUGCAGCUGGGCUUAGCGCCAGCAAUGGAGGCCCAGGGCCAGGAGGCUUUGGCAGAGACGCCAUCCCAGCAGGCUGGAGCAGGGACCCGGCGCCACGUGCUCCUCAUGGCCACCACCCGCACCGGCUCCUCAUUCGUGGGCGAGUUCUUCAACCAGCAGGGCAAUAUCUUUUACCUCUUUGAGCCACUGUGGCACAUCGAGCGCACCGUGUUCUUCCAGCAGGGAGGUGCCAGCGCGGCGGGUUCAGCGUUGGUCUACCGCGAUGUCCUCAAGCAGCUAUUGCUGUGUGACCUGUAUGUGCUGGAGCCCUUCAUCACCCCUCCGCCCGAGGACCACUUGACUCAGUUCCUGUUCCGCCGGGGAUCCAGCCGCUCGCUCUGCGAGGAUCCGGUGUGCACGCCCUUCGUCAAGAAGGUCUUCGAGAAGUACCACUGCAGGAACCGUCACUGCGGGCCACUCAACGUGACCUUGGCGGCCGAGGCCUGCCGCCGCAAGGACCACAUGGCCCUCAAGGUCGUGCGCAUCCGUCAGCUGGAGUUCCUGCAGCCUCUGGCUGAGGACCCAAGGCUGGACCUGCGAGUCAUCCAGCUGGUGCGCGACCCCCGGGCCGUGCUGGCUUCACGCAUGGUGGCCUUUGCGGGCAAGUAUGAGAGCUGGAAGAAGUGGCUGUCCGAGGGCCAGGACCAGCUGAGCGAGAAUGAGGUGCAGCGGUUGCGGGGCAACUGUGAGAACAUCCGGCUGUCUGCAGAGCUGGGCUUGCGGCAGCCAGCCUGGCUGCGCGGUCGCUACAUGCUGGUGCGCUACGAGGAUGUGGCACGCAGGCCACUACAGAAGGCCCGAGAGAUGUAUCGCUUCGCAGGCAUCCCCUUGACCCCGCAGGUGGAGGACUGGAUCCAGAAGAACACGCAGGCGGCGCGCGACAGCAGCGACGUCUACUCCACUCAGAAGAACUCCUCGGAGCAGUUUGAGAAGUGGCGCUUCAGCAUGCCCUUCAAGCUGGCACAGGUGGUGCAGGCUGUCUGCGGCCCGGCCAUGCACCUCUUCGGCUACAAGUUGGCAAAGGAUGCCGCCUCACUCACCAACCGCUCCAUCAGCCUGCUGGAGGAGCGGGGCACCUUCUGGGUCACGUAGUAGGGGUUGUUCAGGACCCUUGGAACCCCUUCUUAUGAAAGGCUGGCCCUGCUUCCCUCACACCCAGCCUGGCAGUGAGACACAGCCCUGGCAGAGAGUCAAAUGGGGGAGCUGUGAUAGGAGAGGUGAUAGGAUACACCCCUGGCUAUAGCACUAGGCUCCCUGCCAGCUCAAUUCCCCAGCGCAGCUAGGGCCUUGGGGCCCCUCUAAGGACAGCAGGACCCUGUCUCCUUAGUGGUGCAGUGUCCCCAGCAGGCCCAGGUAGGUUCCUGUGGUGUGGACACGCCUCCCUGGCUCCUUACACAGUCACAUAAACAUACACGAAGCACAUAAAGGCCUGUGGGCUCUGUGGGCCAGAGUCCAAGUGUUUAACAGCCAGAAGGGGCUUAGGCCUUCUCCAGUCGCUGAGACCUCCUACUGUAAUAAGUGUUAACCUCUUCCGCUCUGAGUCAGAGAAGCCUGGCCAAGUCCUGGGAAGGAGGAGGAGGACAGCCUAGGGUGAGGAAGGGGGCAUUUGAAGUUCCUCAGGGAACAAUGGCUGUUUACCAGCUGAUAGAAAAUGGUCCGAGUAGCUGUUCUAACUUGUCAUGAAUAUCAUCAGCCUGUGUAGAACAAGACACACAAAGUGCAUGUAAAACAGACAAGGCUGGGGGAUGGCUCGGUGGUAAAGCCCUUGCCUCGCAUGCCUAGGGCUCUGGGUAUGAUUCCCAGCACUACAAAUAUAAGGGAAGGUGAGGCAUCCACAUAUGUGCAGCACCGAGAGAAACAAAA